CUCUCCCGGGAGAAGGGUGUGAGCGAGGGAGGGAAACUGUGAGAGAAGCGGCGUGUUCUCCGCCUACCCCGCUGCCUCCUCCCCCUUCCUCGCCUCCUCCCGGCGGCUACCCAGAGUGCUUGUAGCCACGACCAGGCAGGCGCAGGGAAAAGGGCCUCGACCGGUAUGACUGGCAACGACGUCGUCCUUCGGGUCUGACUGCGCCAGAGAAGGACGGCGGCGCGAAGCUUCGACUGGUGGUUGCGCAGCAGCGGCAGGAGCAGCAGCACCUACUCCAGGGGCCCGGCUGAGGAAGCGGCGGCAGCGGCGCGGCCCAGCAUGCGAGUGUGAGAUGCUUCCUCGGGCGGCAGCGGCGGCGGCGGCUCCCCAUUGGCCCCAGGUGGCUUCGGCGGCCCCCGUGUCUUGGAUGCGCCUCUGGAGCCGGCGCUUGGCCCUCCACAAACAUUUCUAUAGGACUCAUUCGCCUUGCUGAGGAAGGAAAAACAAACAUACAUUUUUAAAACCUCUCUCAAACACACAGAAAGAGAAAGCAAGGCAGGCCGAGGCCUAGCUUUAAAAAAAAAAAUCAUCUCCCAAGCGACCGUUAGUUCCUGCAGCUUUUCCGCACUCGCCUUUUCCGUUCCCCACGCCCGGCCCCCCGUUAGGCCCAUGGAGCCCGCCGGCCGAGCCCCGCCGCUCAGCGCCACCCAGUUGGGUCGCCUGCGGGAUGAGCAUGGAAAGGUGGUCACUAGCUGCCAAGAAAAAAUUCAGCAUUGGAAGAAGGUGGAGCGUGACUAUGAAGCUCUUCAGGAACGACUUGGCACAUUGCCUGACAAACUCUCUUAUGAUAUCAUGGUACCUUUUGGUCCCCUUGCUUUCAUGCCAGGAAGACUGGUUCACACCAAUGAGGUUACAGUUCUUCUUGGGGACAACUGGUUUGCAAAAUGUUCAGCAAAGCAGGCCAGCAGUCUAGUGGAACACAGGAAAAAACAUGUAAGGAAAGCACUGGAUGAUUUGCAAAAAGUCGUGAAGAAUUUUGAAUCCAGGGUUGAAUUCACAGAAGAUUUGCAGAAGAUGAGCGAUGCAGCAGGCGAUUUUGUCGAUAUAAGAGAAGUAACAGAAAGUAAUGCCACUGAAACAAAAGGAAAAUACAGAACUGCUCACAAACCUCAUUCAAAACCAAAAACAUUUGCUUUUGAGGCAAAUCUUCAAGAAAAUGGAACUGAUGAAAAAUCCAGCGGGGACUUGAAAAGAGAGGAAGACCUUUGGGCCAGACUAGAUGAACUUGAGAGGCAAGAAGAGAUCCUUGGCGAACUUGACAGGGUCUCUGAUGCUGUUGAGGCAAAUGGAGAAGACGCUUCCUCCUCUGAAGAAGAGAGAGAAGAAAAAAAGACAGAUGUGAAUAGGGCUGAUAGAGAAGAAGAACCUAAUACUCAGGGCAACUUUCAGAAAGAUGUAACCAACUCUGAAGUGUUCAGAGAUCAGGUUAAUGGCCCAAAUCAUUAUUGCAGUGAUGAUGAGGAUGAUUUAGCCAUUGCUGAGCACUCCAUACCAACAAUAUAUUUCUCCCAUACUGUGGAACCUAAAAGGGUACGAAUAAACACAGGAAAAAAUACUACUUUGAAAUUCAGUGAAAAGAAAGAAGAGGCAAAACGGAAGCGAAAGAAUAGCAAUGGCAAUGGGCACUCAACUACAGAACUGCCCAACAUCAAAACACCAGCAGACAUUUAUCGAGUCUUUGUUGAUGUUGUGAAUGGAGAAUAUGUCCCUCGUAAAUCAAUUUUGAAGUCUCGAAGCCGUGAGAAUAGUGUUUGUAGUGAUACCAGUGAGAGCAGUGCUGCUGAGUUCGAAGACAGAAGAGGAAUUCUGCGGAGCAUGAGCUAUGAUGAAACUACCUAUAGUGAUAACAGCGAAGGAAUCUUGGAGGAGGAAGAAGAGGGGGACCAGGAGCAUCUUUCCAAAAAAACAUUGCCAUUGUCAGGAGCUUAUGAGGCAUUCUCUGGAACUGUUGUCGAGAAGGAGCCUUUGUCUCCUGCUUCAGCACCACACUCAGUUAUUGCCUACCCUGUCCUGCCUACCAUUCUGGAGCGAAAAUCUGAGGAAGUUCUCUCUGAAGCUUCAGAAGAAACUACAAAGAGGGUUUCAAAAUUCAAAGCUGCCAGAAUGCUGCAGAAGACCUAGCUCCUGCGUAGACAAUGGGACUUUCAAAUGGCAGGCUGUGUUGAUUUGAUACUGUUCAUGUUUAGACCUCUGCUGGUGGUAUUUCUUUUUUAAAAAAUCUGUGAGGAAAAACUUCAGAAUUCUUAUUUUCUUAAUAUUCCUGUAUGCAGUCAGCACCUUUGUACAUGUUUGCCUUAUGAUAACAGCACUUGGAAUAAUUUUCAAAAGAAUAAUCUUCAUAAGGCUGUGUGUGUGUGUUUAAACCUAAAUACAGGACUUUUGUACCAGAUGUGAUGUUCUACAUACCAUAUGGGUUGUUUGAAAGAAACUUUGAAACUUUCAGAUAGAGCCAACAAUUAUAUUUCAUUAUUUGCUUUAGCGUUUAAGACUCGCUUGUAUCCCCCGUUGUUUUGUAGGGGUUGCUUUUAGGUGUCUGUGCUGACAAAUCAUUUCUUUCCUACUAGCAUAAAACCUCUGAUAACUUUACUUGUAUAGAAUCUAUGAAACAGAAUGCUGUGUUCACGUACUUUGCAGGGAUGUUUCUUUGAUGGAAAAAAUGGUAUUUUGUAAAAUUACACUUUUCAAGUAAAAGAAAAAAAAUCUGAAA